AAUUCGGAGAAGGAGCACAAGAACAUCUUAAUAAUUGAUCUUGGAAGCCACGCAACAAAGAAACCUUCAAAGUCAAUUUUCUCUGGAUGGCGAGACGACGCCAAUUGUCUCCUCACUGUAAUUCUUUAAAUUUCCGCUCACUUCGGAAAGCUUUUCCCAAUCAUACCUGUUAUUACUAUACGAUCAUUCUCUAACCCUAGUCCGAUCAUGGAAGUCUGGUUCAUCGCCCUCGUCUCUCUCUGUGUUUGUCUUCUCUUCCGAGCCCUAUUCAAUCUUUCGUCUCCCUCCCGCCUCACACCUCUGCCGCCUGGUCCUUCUCGUAUUCCCAUCAUCAGUAAUAUUCUUUUUCUGCGCAAAUCAUUCUUAGAAAUUGAAUCGUUACUGCGAAAUCUUAGUGCCAAAUACGGUCCCAUCUUCUCUCUUCGUGUUCGGUCUCGUCCACUAAUAUUUGUUGCUGAUCGAUUCAUUGCCCACCAGGCCCUGGUUCAAAACGGCGCCGUGUUCUCCGACCGUCCCAAGGCCCUUAUCACCAGUAAGAUUUUUAGCAGCGAUCAACAUGACAUUAGCUCCGCCUGCUACGGCCCCACCUGGCGGGUCCUCCGCCGCAACCUCGCUUUCGAGAUGCUUCACCCGGCCCGGAUUAAAUCCUUUUCGGGUUCUCGUAAAUGGGUUUUGGACUUGCUUGUCAGCCGGCUCAAAGCUGAUUCUGAAUCAAGCAAUUCUAUUAAGGUGAUCGACCACCUUCAGUACGCUAUGUUCUGCUUGUUGGUGUUCAUGUGCUUCGGUGAAAAGCUUGAUGAGAAGCAAAUUAGAGAUAUCGAGCAUGUUGAACAACGUGUACUUUUGAGCGUGAGCAGAUUCAGAGUGUUGAAUUUCUGGCCGAGAAUCACUCGCAUACUGUUCCGCAAGAGGUGGCAGGAAUUGCUCCAGACUCGGAAGGAACAGGAGAGUGUGUUGAUUCCACUGAUCAGAGCGAGGAAGAAAGCCAAGGAAGACAGGUUGAACAGAUCUAAAGAGGAUGCUGAUAGCUCAGAUCAAUUUGUUGUGCCUUAUGUGGAUACUCUGUUGGAUUUGGAGUGGCCGGAGGAGAAGCGAAAGCUUGAAGAAUCUGAAAUCGUGUCUGUGAGUUCAGAAUUUCUUAAUGCAGGGACAGAUACAACAGCGACGGCACUGCAAUGGAUUAUGGCAAAUCUGGUGAAGCACCCACAUAUACCAGAGACGCUUGCGGAGGAAAUUAGAGACGUGAUCGGUGAUAGAGAGGAGAAGGAAGUGAAAGAGGAUGACCUGAACAAAUUGCCAUAUCUCAAGGCUGUGAUUUUGGAGGGACUAAGGCGUCACCCACCUGCACAUUUUGUUCUGCCACAUGCAGUGAAAGAGGAUGUGGUACUGAAUGGUUUCUUGAUACCUAAAAAUGGAACUAUAAAUUUCUUAGUGGCAGAUAUGGGAUGGGACCCAAAGGUGUGGGAGAAUCCAAUGGAAUUCAAGCCAGAGAGAUUCUUGAACUCAGAGAAGCAUGGAGAUGAAGGGUUUGAUAUUACAGGAAGCAAAGAGAUAAAGAUGAUGCCGUUUGGAGCUGGGAGAAGAAUCUGUCCUGGUUAUAAUCUGGCCAUGUUUCAUUUGGAGUACUUUGUAGCCAAUCUGGUUUGGAAUUUUAAGUGGAAGGCUUCAAAUGACGGUGUUGUUGAUUUAUCUGAGAAACAAGCCUUCACUGUGAUGAUGAAGAAUCCUUUACAAGUUCACAUAUCUCCAAGAAUUGUCCCCCCAGCACGGUAAGUUGGUAUAUAUAGCAAUGAGGCUUGUAAGUGUACAGCUAGUUUUAUAGAUGUGUAUAUUUUACUUAUUAAGAAGUUGUGAGUCUGACUUUCUCAUCUAAACUCUUGAUAAAUUCAAAUUCAGUUUGGUAUCUACCUGCCAGAACAUUUCUGAGAA